AUUUUUUUGCAGGGAAACACCAAAAUCAACACAUUCAGCUGGGCAAAGAUCCGCAAACUGAGCUUCAAACGCAAACAUUUCCUCAUUAAACUUCACGACAGAGUUGGGGCUUCCUGUAAGGACACGCUGGAGUUCGCCAUGGCGAGCCGCGAUGUUUGUAAAUCGUUCUGGAAGAUGUGUGUGGAGUAUCACGCUUUCUUCAAGCUGGCAGAGGAACCGAAGCCCAUUCACAAAACCCUGCUGUCCUGCAAAGGCUCCAGAUUCAGAUACAGUGGAAGAACCCAGAAGCAGCUGCUGGAAUGUAUGGGAUCCGGAGAAAAGAAACCGUCACGCUUUGAAAGAACCCACGGUCAGUCGGACUAUGACCCCAGACAGUGUCGAUCUUCUCCGGAUCUCCUCACUGAGGUUUCCAAAGAGGUAUACGAACAGACACGCCCGUUUCCUCGGACCACUCGKGCUCUGGCGGUUCACAGUAACGAUGAAAUGGACGUACGCCGGCGACGYCUAAAUAACGCAGACCUCAGCGAGGGAGGGGCUAAACGCAGCCAAUCAUCUGUUGAGGUCAAUCAGAGGCCACACUCCCUCGCUCAAGUCACCCCGCUCUCUCUGUCGCUCCACCAGUCGACCACUUCGCCGAAGUUCAGAUCGUCCUCCGUGUCUUUAAUGGAGGAGACGAGGGCGCAUCGACAAGCUCAAAGGYUAGCGGGGGUCUACGCCAACCGCUCACGGCGCCGGCCCAACCCGCAGCCACAUCCAGAUGCCGCUCAGCAGCUGGUUCUUCUCUACCCCAACUCCCCUGCCUACCAGUACCACCCCGUCCUCCCUUCGUUUCCCUUCGUUGCGCCCUCGCCUCUAAACCGACACCACUACUUGUCUGACUAUGUCGCCAUUUCGUCGCURGAGCGUUUCCCGCAGGUAGCGAGGCGGGACUAUAUGCCAAUGGAUGCCGGCGUCUCGCGGCCGGCUUUCUACCCCWUAGCCCACGAUUCGCCAUCCRUAUCGCCAAUUAGGAGGAACUUUCGCCCUUGUGGAUCAGGAGGUCUUGGACUGGCACGGGUCUACCAAACAGGAAGCAAUGGAGGGAGGCUAUUGGGUGUCGGACACACGGAGGCGGGGCAUUACAGUGACGACUCCAACUUCUUGCCUGGGUUACCUCGCCGCGUUGCCAGCCAACCGGAUGUCAAGUUUCACCUAUCCAGGAGCGCAAACCCGGCCUUUAACCCCGCCUCUGAGUUCAGACCCUUGGGUUACUAUCCUCACCUUACACGGCCCUCCAGACCCACUUACCUACCGCUCAACUCUUCGCCGCUGCCUGAUCGGCCCGCCUCCAUGUGCAUGAUCGGCGGUGCCGCAAGAAGCUACAGCGACUCCGAUCCAGAGGUUUUCUACCCGUACUACUGCCCACCUCAUCAGCUGGGGAAGAUGGUGGGGUCCGCCGGGUUGGCCAGGAUGAGGUUUUCCUCCGGAAGUCUUCAGCUGGACGAGGAGGAUGAGGAGGAGGAAGAGGCUGUCGCUAAAAAAGAACCCAAGGUUGAGGUUGAACAGGACAAGAGACAGACCAGCGAAGGAGAGAAGGCAAAAACCCAAGCUAAGGUCACGCAAGUCUCUCUCUGAAAUGAGAGACAGAUGAGAUCAAAGUCUCACCCUGCAGGUUGUAUUUUCAUACACAUCAACUGUGGAUUGWWUUGAAGACACUAGCUGCGUUUCCAUUAACCAUGGAAUUGUGCAAAUUGAAAUUACGAAAGUAAAUUUGCUUAAUGGAACACUUAUAUGAAAUAUUGUCAGUUUGGCCCUUAAAAUAUGAAAAUUUCCACUUAAUUGUAUAUUUUAGUCCAGCUGUUGAUGUAAUUUUUAAAUAUUAAAUGA